UGUAUGUAUGUUUUUGACUCGUUUUUUAGGUUGUGGGGGGUGCUCACCUCACAUUUGAGAGGAUGGGGGUGCAAACACUGAUAACGGUGGGAGGUGCAUUCUUGCCAAGGGGGGUUCUUGUUUCUCUGAAGGCCAUAUAAACUCCUCUGAAGAGUUUCUCUGCGCUCCAUUAUCUCAACUGUUGUCUUCCUGCGAGGUCUCUGAGUUGGCUUUUUGUGGAAUUUAAAGAUGGCUGUGGUUCAUGCUGAAGUGAGCGUUUGGAGUAAGCUAUGGGAUCACAGGUUUCAGCUAUAUGGAGGACAUGUGUGUAAUACGCUAAUGGCAGGUUCUUGGGAUGACAGAACACCUCUACAUGAUGCUGCUUUGCAAGGAAGAUUGCUGCCACUGCGAAGACUGCUUUCACAGGGGUACAAUGUGGGAAUGGCUACAUUAGAUGGAAUCACACCAUUGCAUGAAGCAUGCGUUGGAGGCCAUUUCACCUGCGCUAAACUUCUCCUGGAACACGGUGCUGAUGCCAAUGCUGUCUCUUUUGAUGGAGCCACUCCUCUCUUCAGUGCAUGCUGUAGUGGAAACCCUGCCCUCGUCAGCCUCAUUCUUCUCUACAGCUCCGUCCAGCAUCCAGCUCAUCUGCAGAGCUCACCUCUCCACGAAGCAGCAAAGAGAGGUCACACAGCAUGUGUUGAAGUGCUGCUGUCUCAUGGUGUGAAUGUGGACACGGAGGUUCCCAGCAUAGGAACGGCUCUGUACUGUGCAUGCGAGUCCAAGGCAACAGAAUGUGUACAGAGCCUGCUGAUCUCAGGUGCUGAUGUGCAGUGUGGACGGGGUCUUGACACACCUUUACAUGCUGCAACCAGGGUGGGCGGGGCAAAAGAGGUGGAGCUACUGCUAGAGCACGGGGCUGAUCGGACCUCAAGGAACUCUGAAGGAAAGAAAGCUCUGGAGCUGACAGCAGAUCAGAGCAUCAAGCAUCUCUUGCAGACUACAGGUCCGUGCUCCCUGACUCAGCUGUGCAGAUGGUGUAUUCGACGUUCCCUGGGACAAAAAGGACUGAACAAAACCAAGAAGCUUUGUUUACCACAUAUCCUGAACAAUUAUCUCCUCUAUCAUUAAAACACACGUAAACAUUCCCUGUCUAGAGCACAGACAUGGUUCACAUAGUAAUCUUCUUCUUUUUGAAUAACAUUUUGUACACAUUUUUUAUCUGUAAAUAAUCUCUUUUUUAUUGUGAAAGUGUAUCUUUUUUGUUUUGUAAUAAAUAUUUUUAUACAUUGUAUACAAAAAUGCUAUUAAUCUGUUGAAAUGAAUGUGUGACUAUAUACAAACACACACAUAUGAUGAGUUUCCAUAUCUAAUGUACCAUAGUUGUACAUUAUUAUAACACACAAACUGUAUUUUCUAUUCCCUUACUCUAAACCUACCUUCCCAUAAUAAAAACUCAAUUUUCUCCCCACAAGGUAAAAAUUGACUGAUAUUACUGUAAUUGUGGGGGUCGCACACACAUGUCUGCAUGCUCACAUGAACACUCACUAUGCCUACUAAUUCACACAGAGUGAAAACCUGACUAAAUUGAUUAUUACAUGUGUUUUUAAAUGUCGAGUAUUGCCUGAACGAACCAGCAGGUGGCAUCUUUAGUAUAGAUUAUUCUAAAUCACAGCCCCUAUGAAUGGCUUUCCACAAAAUAUUAUUCCUAUUUUCAGUUUGCAUGUGUUUAGUUC